UCUGCCGUACAAGCCUAAGCGACUGUUUUGUGAGUGUGGACAUCAUGGUGUGGGAGGUGGUGACCCCAGCUGUGCUGUCCAUUAAAUCCAAACAUCACGAGUCUGAGUCUCAGCGUGAACACACAGGAAUGAUGAUGGAUACAGAUGGAGAGCAAUCACAUGACCCCCUCCACUGUGAGGAACGCCUCCCCUCCUCCCCUGGCUUCCCCACCAGUGACAGUUAUAUGGAAUACGACGACCUCCCGGACCUGCAGGAGGUUCAAGAGGAGGCAGUGCCGACAGCGCCACCUGUCUACCAAGUGGAGGUGGGCGUGUCGCACCAGGAGCGACACACGCAGAGCUCACAGCCUCCCGACACACGCUGGCUGACACAGCUGGCUCACAUCGCCACUGGACCUCAGAGCCCACUGCUGCAAGAUUGUCCUCACAGCAGCUCCUCUUCAGUCUGCAUCUCGAGCGCCAGCAGUGAUCUACACUCCUACGCUCGGCCUCCUCCUCCUCCUCUCUCCAACAGCACCUUGUCGCCCCCCAGAGGCCGCGGCAGGGAGCGCAGACGCAGCAGGACGAGCAGCGAAUGUGGCUCUGCUGUGUCAACCAGAUCCUCUCUGUCUGAUGAUGAAGACAUGGGAUGGAGCUUCUCCUGUCCACCCACCGCCUGGCACUGUUUUCUCAAAGGCACUCGUCUGCGUUUCCACAGCGGCUCUAAUGUGGAGUGGCAGGACGCUGAGGACCUGGACUCUGGUGAGGAAGACUCUGGUGAUGAGGAGAAGACCAGAUUUCUGAAGAGUUACGGCUCUGAGGGUCUGCAGCUGUUGGAGCAUUCAGAGAAUGUGUUGUCUGGUCAGGCCGUCCUACAGUUGACCUUUGACCCCGGGGCAUUCGGACAUGCCAUCAUGACUGCACAGUGCCAACUUGCUCACCCCUUCUAUGUCAAACACAAAGGGUGGUCUUCCUUCUACCCGAGCUUGACCGUGGUGCGUUAUGGGAUACCGUGCUACGAAACGGAGGUAGGAGACGUGUGCCUGCCUCCGGGACACAGAGAUGCCAAACACACCGACAACUCCCUGGUGUUUGACACAUUCAGGAGUUAUGACUUCACUCCUCUGGACUCCUCCGCGGUGUACGUGUUGAGCAGCAUGGCCAGACGGAGACGUGCUUCCCAGUCCAGCGGGGGAGCAGCUUCUCCAGAUAGAGACGCAUCACAAGAUGCUCACAGUCCCGGCCAGUCCCACUCCUCUCAUCAAAAGCCAACCAAAAGCCAGAAUGCUGUCGCGCCUGCAGGAGGAAAUAACGCCACGCCUAACAAGUGCAAGCGGCCAAUGAACGCCUUCAUGCUGUUCGCCAAGAAGUUCAGGGUGGAGUACACACAGAUGUACCCAGGCAAGGACAACAGAGCGAUCAGCGUCCUCCUCGGCGAGCGGUGGAAGAAGAUGCGAAACGAGGAGCGGCGGGCGUUCACCGUAGAGGCCAAAGCUCUCGCUGAUGAACAGAAAAGACUCAACCCAGACUGCUGGAAACGCAAACGAACCAGCUCUGGUUGUCAGGGAAAUUAAGGCUGCAGACAAGAACCAAGACGGAGCCUGCAGGAGUACAUACAUACACACACGCACGCACGCACGCGCACACACACACACACACACACAAAGUGACAAGAAAAGGAGAGCUAGUUGUAACCUAAUGCUAUGCUUAAAAGUUAUAUUUUCUUAACAACAGACUUAUCUCGAUCUCCCAAAGCACAGAUCUGAUUCACAUUUUUCAAAUCCCAUCACUUGAGCUGCUCUCCUAAGACGUCACUUCCUCCUCGUCCUUCGCUUUUAAAAAAGGUGCUAUGUGCCAUAUUUUAAAGUGGUAUACAUCAUUAUGUGUUUAUAGGAUUGUAACAAGUCUUUAAACAUUAUGUUUUAAUGCUACAGAGAACUGUGGAGGACCCCCCGCCCCCCAAACUAAAUUGAGACACAGUUAUAUAACAGUGAUAAGUGGAGUUCAUCUCCCUGAGUGAUUUUUACAGCAAUGUGACAAUAAUUUUAAGAAACAAAAAAAAAAAAGAGAUUUGGAUCAUUUCCAGAUUCUCACCAUAUGCUUGAACCAGGUGGGCGUUGAGGUGCUGUAGCUUUUUAGGUAAAGUACAGAAUGUAGCUAUUUUUUUCCAGAAUUAUGAAUAUAUAAAGUAUUUUCUUGCCUGUAUUUGCACUCGGUGUAUUGCACAAUUUAUAUUUUAACUUUGCUUUCAUGUAAUUUCUAUAAUAUUGAGUACGUAUAUAUAAAUUGAUACCGUAAAUUCUCAAAUAAUGGCCCAAGCUUUUUUUGUCUCAUUAUAAGAGAGAGAGCCAGUCACAGUUUGAGUCACUUUUUGAAUCAUAGUUUAAUAAGACGCCCGUUUUUAAGAUUAAAAACAUUUAGCAGUUCAACAGAAAGUAUCCCUUCACUUCCUUAGAGGGUGUUUUCAUGUUGUGAAAGUGCCAUAAAUAAUAAUAAUGCUGUAACAGUGCAGAAUUUACAGUGCUAAUUGCGUUUUGCCACUUUUCCCUGUUUUGUUUUUUUUGUAUGGGCUCGUAUUGGAAAAUUUACGGUAAUUAAUUAGCAGAUAUGGGUAUGUUACAGUAAAUUGCCAUAUAGCUCAGGCAGCAGGACAAUAUGAAGACGCUGCUGAAGUGUCUUUGAGCGUGAGGAGCAACAUAAAAGAUAAGAAAGUCACUGCAGGAUUUUAUAUGCUAUUGCUUGUAAUUCUUAACAUCUAUUUGCCAUAAUUAAUUUUUUUAGCAGUGUGUCAUAAAAAGUAUGUUUGAGUAUAAUCAAAGACGUCACUCACAGCUUCAUUUAAGAUGUUUCCUUUGAAGAAUGGCUUUUACAGACCUACAAAAUACUUAAGAGAGAGAAAUCCUUUUUUUUUUAAACAGAAAAAUUGUGGAUAAUUGAGCCCCAUUUCUUUGACAUUUAUCUCCACCAGUGAGUUCUAGCAACCAUUUCUAGCCACUGUCAGGCAGGUAGUGAGCACACUGAGAAAACGAGCCUCCUUGUCAUUCUUCACAAGACCGAACAGCAGUCACUGUGAAUAUUUUGUACAGUAAAACUCAUUGAAAUAAAAGAGGGCAGCAUUAAGCCAUUCACUAGUAUUUACUUUGGAAGUCCGAACCAUGAGUGUUAGGCUUUAGAAACAUCAGUUGGUUGGAUGGAAGUGUUUGUUGUUAUUAAUGCAGAGUGUGGAGGCAGGAUGGAGGAUCUGCUUUGGUUUGACGUGAACGUGAAAGUGAAAUUUAAACAGAAAUAGGAAAAUCAAAACUUUAAAUGCUCCCAGGGCGAGCGCUUAUACUCACUGUGUAACGAGGUUUGUUCCUAAUGCACUAUAUACACUUUAUCUUAUGUGACUGCUACAGUAUAAUGUGUAAUGACAAAUAUUGAUAUGAUUAUAUAGAAAUAUAUAUUUUUUGGUUUCGACUUAAUCUUUGUUAACCUUUCGCGGUUGUGCAUCGAUUAUUGGACUUUUGUUUUUCUUUAAUAUCACGUCAUGUACAGGUGGAUCUUGGGAGACAAUGCAAUAUAAUGUAUUAUACUAUAAAUAAAAGCAUGAGAAAU